UUUGAGCUAAUUCAGCCAUGGCUUCUCUUCAUGACACUCCAACAUCUUCAGCUCCCAGACCCCACUUCUUCAAGAUCAUUCUAGAUGACACUUCUAAAAACAUCAGAAUUAAAAUUCCAAUGAAGUUUGUGACGAAAUAUGGAGAACAUUUAUCAAGUCCAGUACAUCUUAAACUUCCAAAUGGUGCAGAACGGGAAAUAGAACUCAGAAGAUGCAAUAAUAGUGGGGUUUGGUUUGACAAGGGUUGGCCAGAGUUCUCCAAGUUUUGCUGUCUUGACUACGCUAAUUGGCUAGUCUUUGGAUACGAAGGGAACUCAAACUUCCAUGUUUUAAUAUUUGAUAGAACAUCUACUGAGGUUGAAUAUCACAUAACAAAGCCCGAAAUGGAAAAAACUGAUUAUGAAGAAGAAGAAGAAGAAGAUGAUGAUAACUCUGUAGAAAUCUUGGAUGGUUUUCCACCCUGCCCAAGAAAAGCAAGGGAGAAAUCUCCAUUGCCAUGUCCUCAGCCGCACAAGAAAAUGAGAACAUGUGGUAAAGCAGAAUGCAACAUCAACUUUAGACGAACAAAGACUCAAACUUCUCUGAGAAACAAAGCCUCAGAUUGCUCAAGAUCAGAAAUGAAAAAGGAAGAUGAAUCAGAUGAUGAUUCUGUUGAAACACUGGACACGUUUCCCUCCUGCCCAAAAACAGGGGACAAAUCUCCAUUAGCACCAUCAGAGGUCAAAGAUCGUGUUGGGAGGAUGCAUGCAUCAACUACAAGUGGAAAAGCUAUAGCUCUUCAGAGAGCUAUUGCUUUUGAAUCUGUAAACCCUUCUUUUACUGUUGUCAUGCAGCCAUCGUACAUCACAAACGGUCCUUUGACUGUGCCAACAGGGUUUGCCAAGAGACAUCUUACGAAGCAGACUGCUAAUGCCAUCCUUAAGGUUUCGGACGGAGGAACUUGGUCUGUUAUGUUUGCAUAUCCAAAACUGAAAGCCACUUUCCAGCAAGGUUGGAGGGUAUUUGUAAGGGAUAAUAAUUUGAAACUUGGGGAUGUUUGUGUCUUUAUCUUGAUUAAGGACAUUAAACUCUCAUUUGAAGUUGUCUUUUUCCGAGCUACUGAAGCUGCAAAUUGCUCCUUGCCUCCAGCUUUUGGAAAGGCAGGCCAUGGCAAAGGAGCAAUGAAAAACAAGGCUACACAUUGGUCUAAAUCAGAAAUCAAAAAAGAAGCUGAUCUGCCCACAAAGAAAGAUUUUGGAGGCUCAUCUAGCAGUCAAAUAUUCCUAAAACGAACACCUGAUGUUCUUGGGAGGACGCAUCCAUUGACUAAAAGUGAAAAAGCUCUGGCUCUUCAGAGAGCUAAUGCUUUCAAAUCCGAAAAUCCUUAUUGCUUGGUUGCCAUUCAACCGGCUUAUAUCCUUCAACAGUACCUGCAAUUCCCACAUCCGUUUGCAAGGCAACAUCUCGUCAAACAGUCUGCUGGUAACAUAAUCCUUAAGAUUUUAGAUGGAAGAACUUGGCCUGUUGAAUUCAAAUAUGAAAAUUCAAUGGCUCGAUUCCAGAAUGGUUGGUCAGCUUUUGCAAGGGACAAUAAUUUGAAAGUCGGUGAUGUGUGUGUUUUUGUAUUGAUUGACCGCAAUGAACGUUUACUUGAAGUUGUCUUUUACCGCACCAACGAAGCUGAAGAUUGCCCCUUGUCGCCAGGCCUUGGCGGAGGAGCAAUUGAUCAAGUUGAGAAAAGGAGAAGCCCCAUAAAUAAAGUUGAAACUGGUCGCACCACAAUUUGUGAAAAUGGCAGGUACAAAGGGUUGAAGACUGAUGAGCAGAUUACGCAAAGGCCUUUAAAUUCAUCUUCAACGGCUCUUGAAGCUGCCAACAGGUUCAUCCCAAAGAAUCCAUCCUUUAGAGCCACUUUAGGGCCAACAUAUCAGUCAUUGCAUGUACCAGUUGGGUUUGCCCGGAGUUUCGUCAAACGGAGGAAACAAACUGUGACUCUUCAGGUUAGAGAGAGAUCGUGGCGUGUGAAUUUGAUUGGUUGGACUAAAGAAUCAUCAGCUAAACUUUCUGGUGGCUGGCCUGCAUUUGCGACAGAAAAUUGUUUGAGGGGAGGAGAUGUUUGUAUGUUUGAGCUCAUCGAGAGAAACGACAUUGUACUGAAAGUUCACAUUUUCAGACAUUGAUUAGUCAAAGUUAUGUCAUUUAAAGAGGGAUGCAAAGAGCUCAGUUAUCACAUUUUGCUAUGUAAAUGGACCACUAUUUGCUGUAGUUAAGGAGGAUCUCUGGAUACUACU